AUGUAUUUGAUCAGCAUCGAGGCAAUGGGUUCUUUCAUCGUCGAAGCGCUCACCGCCCACUAUUCCUUCGGUUCCGAGCGAGUGUGGGUAUUCGCAGACUCGGUAUAUCCUCGACGGGGGUUUCGUCUGAGAGGUCGGUUUCCCAAGCUUCUCAGGCAGUCGAGUAGAGAAUUGAGCCAGCGCAGGCCCUCUCUAGAGACGCAGAGUCUCGAUAAUUACCAACAAGAGUCGAUGGCGGGGUAUUCGCCGCGACAAUGUCGAGUCUAUGAGGUUGUGAUAUACUUUGGCGUACAGUCGGCAGGCUGA